AUGUUGGAAGGGUUAUGGAAGAAUAGGAACGACUUUGUUUGGCAUAAUAAAAAGGAAGAUGCAGCUAAACUUGGAUGGCUAGCAUUUCAUAAGUGGCAAGAUUGGUUUAUGGCCCAUAAUAUUCGGGAGCUGCAGUUAGAUAACAGAGAAGUGGUUACCUGGAACUCGCCGCCUUUUGGUAGUUUUACAUGUAAUAUGGACGCCGCUUUUAACAAGCGUGUAAGGACUACGAAUCGAGGGUGGUGUAUUCGUAACGAUCAUGGUAACUUUGUUGCUGCAGGUACUGCUUGGGAUGGUAGUACUUUCUCGGUGAUCGAAGCGGAGGCCUUAGCUCUUAAGGAAGCAAUUCAAUCAGUUAUUAUGCUUCAUAAUGCUCCGACAAUUUUUGAAAGUGAUUCUCAACAGGUGGUCCAAGCUCUUAGUUCCAAUACGCCAGGUAGCUCUGAGUUUAUUUCAAUUAUUAAUUCUAUUAAGUCAUUGCUAUUAGAUUUCCCCAACUUUGAGGUUAAGUUUAUUAAGCGUCAAGCGAAUAUGGUUGCCCACACCUUAGCGAAGGCGGCCAAUUCUUGGUCUUGA